GGGGCGAAAGGCAAGUGUUGGUAUAGAGAUUCAACAGGCGCACCCCAUCCGUAAAGGAGCAGAUUUUGCGGUUUGCGUAACACCAUCAAGUGAGCGUGUGUGAGUUUUCCCUAAAGUGUGUGUGUGAUAAUUACCGAGUGGGCGUUGUGAUCGAAAGCGAGAAAUAGAGAAAGAGAGAGUGUCUGUGUGUUGGUAAAAAGGAGCCAACAAAUCGAAAUCAAAAUCCAAAACAGUGACCUCAAGUGUGUGUAAUCAACUCGCACGGCACGCAGGAAGCUCUUCCGCCACUGAGGAGCGUGUUCCGUUGUCGCCCGGUCCGAUUUUUCUCGGUGACCUCUCCAACACCACUCCAACGCAAAGCAUUUCGUACAGCCCUAAACAUUUGAGAUAUGGCCAAUCUGAUGACAGUGCGUCUGCAGCGUACCGACGGACAGGCGUGGGGAUUCCGCCUGCAGGGUGGCAAGGACUUCUCGGCACCGCUGGUUCUACAGAGGGUUAACGGUGGCAGCGUGACCGAUCAGGCCGGUCUGAUGGCCGGCGAUGCACUGAUCAAGGUCAACGGAACGGAAGUCUUCAACAUGCGCCACAAAGAGGCCCAGGAUGUGAUCGUGGCCGCCGGCAACUCGUUCGAGCUGACGGUGUCCAGAGGUGGAGCCACUUGGAAACCCUCGGUGACGCCGACCGGAUCGCUGCCAUCACCGUCGCCAUCGCUGCCGGGCAACGUCACCCCGGUAACCAGAACUUCGCUGGCCGCGACCCCGCAGGAGAUGAAGCCCAUCGGCAGUGGCCACAACAAUGCCGCCAAACCGUUCGCAGCCGUUAACGGAAACGACGGACAGAUCAAGAGCAUCGUCAACAACCAGUACAACACCCCGGUGGGCAUGUACAGUGACGAAACGAUCGCGGAAACGCUCUCCUCGCAGGCGGAAGUCCUCGCCGGCGGUGUCCUCGGUGUGAACUUUAAGAAGAACGAGCGCGUCUACUCGCCGGCCAACUCCGAGGUGUACAAGAUGCUGCACGAGCAGGGUGACGAUCCCGAGCCAGCAGCGCAACAGCAGCAGCAGCAGCCGCCAGCGCAAGCACUACACCAACACCAACACCAGCAGCAGCCACAGCAGCAACAACAACAACAACAACAGCAAACCGGUGUUACACGCCACGUGGCCGCUCCGGUCGACCGUCCGGUCGCUCCGUCCACCAACGGACUUCCGCCGGGUCAGAACAUUUGUUCUUCCUGCGAGCGCUUGAUCGUUGGCGUGUUCGUGCGCAUCAAGGACAAGAACCUGCACGCCGACUGCUUCAAGUGUGCCACCUGCGGCACGUCCCUGAAGAACCAGGGCUACUUCAAUCUGAACGACAAGCUGUACUGCGACAUCCACGCGCGCCUGGCGGCCCUCAACAGCCCGCCGCCCGGCACCAACGGCAUGGUUCCGUUCACUGUCACGAAACCGGGCCACAAAACGGGCGUCCAGGCGAUCUCGGCCGCACUCAACGCACACGCCAACCUGAACGGCCGCUCGCAGUCACCGUACGGUGCUAAUGGCACCGUCAGUCAAUCGCCGUCCCACUCGCGAUCAAGUAGCACCACGUCCUCGACCAGCGGCUACUGCAACUCGAGCUCCCUAUCGCCGGUGCCGUCGACCAAGGUGUCCCCGUUGCAUUCGCGGACCAGCAGCGAGAACGAGCUGAUCGAUCGGAGCUUUGCUUCCCCCCCGUCGCCGCCGCUCCUGUUGCCACCGCCACCACCACCGCUUCCGUUUGCCAACCACCAGCCAACGCCGGCCAUCAUGGAGGACGCGUCCGACAGCGCACUGCCGCUGCCACCACCGCCACCACCGGAGGAAGCCGGGGCGGCACUGGUGUUCGGGGCCAACGGGCUGGCCACGCCGGCCGCGGCCGAACCACCGACCCCGGAGGGGGCCAUGGUGACGGACAACGACUACGGUUUCUACUACCAAACGAUGGGUGGCCGCGUCAUCCGCAGCGUGUUCCCGCCGGGCAAAAGCUCCAACUACAAGGUGAACCAGAACAACAUUACGCCGAAACCGUUCGGUGCCCCACUUCCGGUGAGCCCGUUGGCGCAGGUCCAACCACCGGCAUCGUACCCGCCGGUGGCCGGCAGCGUCCCGACCCCGUUCUCGGCCGCCCUCACCGGGCAGACCCCGGCCCCAGCCCCGGCCCCGGCCAUGGUCGCCCCAGCCCCGGCUCCGGUUGUGGCCCCGGCCCCAGCUCUGGCCCCGGCCCCGGCUCAGGCCCCAGCGCCGGCAGUCGCUCCUUUCGCUCCGGCGAACGUGCCAGCUCCACAAGAUGGCGCUGAUGGCGCACCGGAGAAUGUGGUGGAUCCUACGGCGGAGGAGGAAGGGGCCGGUGAAUCACCGGUGCCGUUGUUUGCGUGGCCACCGAAACCGUCCGUUCCGGAUGCGAUCCCAACGGCGACGCCGAUCUACGUGGCACCGCCCGAGACGCAACGCGUCAUCAUCAAACCGCUCACGGUGGUUCCGCCGCCACCCCGGGCGAAAGAGCCGUCGGAUGGAGCGCCACCCCCGGACGACGGUGAUGGUGGGCGGCCGAAUCAGGCGGGCCAGAGUAAGUCAGCGCCGGAGCUGAGCUCCCGCACCCAGCAGCCGCCGGAGGACGAAGAGGAUCUGUCCGAUUCGUUCGGCAUGACGACAACGACUGCAACGACGACGACGGCGGCCACGUCGGCCUCGUCCGAGGAGUACCGGAUGUACCAGACGCAAACGUCGCAACCGAUCGUGACGUACUACGACACGCCCCAGUACGAGGUCCUCGAGCGGCCCUUCUCCGGGUCGGGGCCGCGCAGCAGCGCCCAGGCAAGUACCGGCGCCAUGUCCGACGCAUCCUACACGCACUUUGUGUUCCGCGAUCCGCCCCCCGAGGAGGAGGAGGAGGAGGAGCAGGAGCAGGAGGAAGAGGAGGGACCCCCGCUGGGGCCGCUGACCGACGCGAGCUGCUGCCAGCAGCCGCCGCAGCCGACGGCGCCCGAGAAGCGCGUCGAGUUCGUCGACUACGGCCGCGAGCUACAGCGCUUCCUGCGGGCGGAGCAGGAAGCUCACGAAGCGGCCGUCGCCGCCGCCGAAGCAGCCGCCCGGCCCCGGGAGGAGCCGAAGGAGCAACUCCCGCACUACGAGCUACCGUUCAUCCGGCCAACCGAACCGCCGCAGUUGCCCCGCUCGGCCAUCCCGAAUCCGACGCCGAAGCAGUGGCAGUCGGCGCUGGUGCAGGCCCUUUGCGUCGCGCCCACCGAACCGAUCCAUCUGACGGCGGCCGAGAUCGAGGAGGCAAACUUUAUGCGCUCCCGCAACGAGGCGUACCGGCGGGAACAGGAGGACACGAAGCGCCGCCAGCUUGAGGCGCUCCGGCGCCAGGUGGACGCGCUCGAGCGUCGCCUUGGCCAGCAGCAGCCGCCGGCGCCCGAACCGACGCCGCCGCCACCCGGACCGCCUCUGGAGGUGCCGCGCACCGGCUCGGUGAUGGCGCAGGUGCUGGCCGGGGCGGCCCAAUCGACCGUCCGGUCGGAGCGCUUCCCGGCCCGGUUCGUGCCACCGCCGGUGCCACUGCCGGCCGCCACCCAGCCCUACUUCCCUCCUCCCCACUCGAUGGAACCGAUCCGCACCGAGCGGAUCUCCUCCGGCCAGGCACCGUCCCCGUUCGUCGAGGCGCUAAAGACCGCCCCUUACACCCCGUUUCAGGCGUUCGGUCGCGAGAUCCCGUCACAGCUGGAGGACCUACCCCCGGUGCUGCCGGAGGCGGCAGUCGGUGGGCGGGUCUCGAUGAUGGACGCGCUGGCCACGGCACCCGACCGCCCGUACACCCCGUUCUCGGAGGUGCGCUUUGACCACCGCACCAACUCGGACGUGUACCGGGCGAUGGUGUCCGAGCAGCCGUCCGUGCCGCUCGACCCCGACCGCCAGUGUUCGGCGUUCGCGAACGUCGGCGGAAACCGCACCCCGAAACCGUUCGUCCCGAUCCGCGUGCCCGAGAUCCGCGAACCGGAACCACUGGUGCGGAUCCGGGACGACGAGGAGGAGGUUCAGGCAGAGGAGCCGCAGGCACCACCCUCGUCGGAGAAAAGUAGCUCGCCGCCGGAAGCACCGACGGCCGAAAGUUCUCGCCGCUCGUCGAAGGGUGACGCGGUGGCGGCCGCCGUGGGCGGCCCCGCACCGCCGUAUCCGAAACGGGACGGGAACCACCUGGCCGAGGGGAUGCCCCACUACUCGCUGGCACCGCGCCGCGAGACGGCUUCGCCGCUCAACAAACCGGCCGAGAUUCCGCCGUACCAGCGGAAGUGGUUCAACCUGCCGACCCAGAACCCGCCGCACACGCCCGAGCCGGAGGAGCUCCGCACGAACGUGCCGCUCGCCUUUGUAAAUACUCACUCUAACGCGCACCUAACCAAACCCAUCGCCAAACAGCCGCCGCAGCCGCAGCCUCAGCCGCCGACUGUAAAUAAGCCGCCGACGCCCGGGAGCCACCGGGCGGCCGUUGCCCCUUACACGACCAUCCAGAACCGCGCCAUCCCGGUCGUGCAGGGCGGGCAGGUGGAGCUGGACGCCGAGCUGGCCCAGUACACCAGUGCUCACGCGCGUCUCCAACACAAAGGUGUCAUCGACCGCGGCCAGUCCUUCACGCCGUCGCUCAUCCUCACGAAGCACGCGACCAGCAUCCCGUACUACCAGCACCAGCUCGGCUUCGAGGAGUACUUCGCGGAGGUGAAGCAGUUCGAUGGCCACACGACACCCCAGCCGAGCCGCACCCGGUCGCCGGCUUUCGGCCCGCCGCCGAACCCGCUCAAACCGCACGUUCCGCCGUCGCGCGAGGGCAUCCCGGUUGAGUCGGGUCUCUACCUGUCAAUGGGCAAGCUGCACGGCGUUCCCUGGUAUGCCCACCACGACCACGUGCCUAAGGACAUCCAGCAGAAGAUGCAGCACCAGCUGGCAGCCGAAGCGACGCAACGCUUCGGCCGCAACGCCGCUGCCGCCGCCGCCCAGCAGCAGCAGCAGCAGCAGCCGCCGCCCCAGGUAACUAUGCAACACGCCGAGCAGCAGGCGGCGGCAGCGGCGUCCAGCGCCCAGCAGAGCGCCCAGCAGGUAGGCAAUGCGCUGAUCCAAAAGCGCACGCGCUUCGUAGAAGAAGACACCGGGUCACCGGGUAGUGGUAGCCGUAGUCAGUCGAUAGCACGCGGCCAGACCGCCGGCCCCUCCGAUCCUGCCUCCGACAGCUUACGGUAUUCUUCCAAAAUCAAGGAAGACGAGGCGCCCCAGCGGGGCUUUGUGGCGCAGCAGACGCGCCGCUUCUCGGGCCACGACGAGGCGUCGCUUGGCGCACUAGUGGCGCCGCCACCUUCGGAGCAGGAGCUGAGAGCCGCCGAGCAGCAGCAGCAGAUCCAGGCGCUGAUCGAGCAGCAGGAGCGUGCCGAGGAGGAAGCGCAGCGACAGGCGGCAGCGGCCGCAGCCGCCGCUCCGCGCCCACCGAUCCGGCACGUCGAUCCGCCAACCCCGAAACCGGCGCCACCGCCCUCGGCCUUCCCGUCGACGCGGCUCUUCGACGAGGAGCAGUACGUGGACCACUUCCCGACCAAGAGCGCCCGCAAGGUGAGCGUCCUGCUGUCGGCGGGGCAGGGUGGCGUUGGUCGGGCCGGCGACUGCCCCAGCCCGUCGUCGUUCAAGGCGCAGUUCAACGAAUUCAUCAUCGGUGCCGCUCCGCUACCGCCGAUGCCGGCGGUGCGCGAGGAGGAUGACGGACGCCCGCAGGACACGCGCAGCGACACGCAGAAGCUCAUCCAAUCGUGGCCACCACAACUUCCGCCACCCAUCAGCGCCGCCACUAACACGAACGGGGCGCCGCCAACCGCCGCCGCCGCCGCCACCGCCGGUCCCGAUGGACGGGCACCGGCGGGGGCGGCCGGUAACGGCGGUGGCACCGCAAGCAAACCGUCGAGCCGCAGUAACAGCAACGCCUUUCUAGAGUUCCUCAAUCGACCCACUUUCACUCCCAAUUCUGAUCGCCGCCACUCCGGUGCAGGUUCGAACGCGUACAACAAGGGACGGGCUGCGUGCUCCACGUCGGCCCCGAACCGCGGACGGGGCGUACUGAACAAGGCGGUCGGCCCGGGCGGACGAGUCCCGCUCUGCGGGUGCUGCAGCCAGCAGAUCAGAGGUCCGUUCAUCACCGCGCUCGGACGCAUCUGGUGCCCGGACCACUUCAUUUGCCACAACGCCAACUGCAAGCGCCCGCUGGCCGACAUCGGGUUCGUCGAGGAGAAGGGCGACCUGUACUGCGAGUACUGCUUCGAGGAGUUCCUGGCGCCGCUGUGCUCCAAGUGCAAUGGCAGAGUUAAGGGCGACUGCCUGAACGCCAUCGGCAAGCAGUUCCAUCCGGAGUGCUUCAAGUGCACGUACUGCGGCAAGCAGUUCGGCAACAGCCCGUUCUUCCUGGAGGAGGGCGAGCCGUACUGCGAGAAGGACUGGAAUGACCUGUUCACGACCAAGUGCUUCGCCUGCGGCUUCCCGGUCGAGGCCGGCGACAAGUGGGUGGAGGCCCUCAACAACAACUACCACAGCCAGUGCUUCAACUGCACCAGCUGCAAAAAGAACCUCGAGGGACAGAGCUUCUUCGCGAAGGGCGGACGCCCGUUCUGCAAAAACCAUGCUCGCUAAACGGGGUCAGCACACCGGUACCCUCACCCUCACAUUUAAUGCGUCAUUUAAUUCGAACGAAACCAAAAACAAGCAAAACACUAAUCGACAACCGGGAGAGCGCGCAGAGUUUUCGGUACAAUCCCAAAAAGGCACGCGUAUUUAGCGCGUUCGAGCAGAACUACUCGAAUGCACGAACUAUGAAGGAAAACACUUGCGUACAACAUCGCAACAACCAUGCAAGUGGCUUCGGUGGCAGAUGGUGAAAUAUUUCAAGCGACCCUUUUCUUCCCAUUCGGAUCAAGAAAAGCCGUUCAGCUUGCCUGCGCUGCCGAGGAAGUGGCGACGAGAACGGACCGAGAGCGAGAGCGAGAGAGAGAGCUAGAGAGAGAGAGAGAGAUGGUUGAAAGAUUGUAGAAUACAUGAAUGAAUAGCACGACGGUAUAAGAGAGAGAGAGAGAGAGAGAGAACGACAGAUAGGGGUUGAUUUUUAACGAAAAGUUACACAAAACAAGAGAUGAUACAUUACUAAGAGCAUCGCAAAUUUAUGCUAGAUUCAUAGAGAGCUUUCACGCAGCUGGUGAGACGUUUGUAGGUAGUACGAUAGUGACGGCUUGCGGCCGUCACCCAGCAUUCGCAACCGGGGCACCGGCGGAACCGGCCUGGGCGAUCCGUUAAUCCGCUUCCGUACCCGUGUCCGAAUGUGUUGAUGUUUAACGUUCUUUUCUUCCUUGUACACAGCGCAGCCUCUUACUCUCUUACGCCUUAUUUUUACUACCCGAAACUACCGAUAGAAGAAGCAUCGCAAGCAUCGCUACUUUAUUUUUCUCUUUGUGUGUGAUACAAAUAUAAUUUUAUUUAUUUAUGGCAUAUGUUGCUGGUAAUCAUAAUAAAGAAAAACGUUGUAAAUUACA